AUGGAGGAAAAAUCUGAACAACAGAAACAUGGCAUAUUAAUAUUUGACGAGAUGAGUGUCCGUAAGUCAUUAAAAUUGGAUCCAAAAAGUUUAAGAUAUCAAGGCGUGGUUGAUUUUGGUGAUGAUGAUGUAUACAGUACCGAUAAUAAUUCAUUAGCUGACCACACUCUAGUAUUUGGAUUUUCCUCGCUCUAUGAAAACAAUUUUCAGCCAAUUGGAUGUUUUGCAGCAAAAGGUGCAACUACUGGAGUUAUUCUUGCCAAACUAAUUAUCCAAGCUAUUCUUAUGUUAGAAUAUGCAGGUGCAAAAGUAACUGCCUUAGUGUGUGAUGGUGCUAAACCAAAUAGACGCAUGUGGCAAGAAUUUGGUAUAUCAGGGGAACUGGGUAAAAUAAAAAAUUCAUUUAAAAACCCCUAUGAUGACUCAAGAAAAGUAUUUGUCCUUUCAGAUGUUCCACAUUUAUUUAAAUGUGUUAGAAAUCGUCUUAUAUCUAAUGAACUUAUGGUAUGA